AUGGGAGCACUACAACACUCGAUUCAGAAGAAGCAGCAUCGGGAGCGUUCCCAGGUGCAAGAACGGAGCCGAUUUGGGUUUUUAGAGAAGCACAAGGACUAUGUGAAGCGUGCGCAAGAUUAUCACAAGAAGGAGAAGACGCUUAAGGUGUUGAAGAGCAAGGCUAAGGAGCGUAAUCCGGAUGAGUUUUACUAUGGGAUGAACUCGAAACGAGUGGAUGAGGAUGGAUUGCUUGUGACCAGCAGACACGGUGCGUCAGAGGAUGAUGGGGUGUUGACGAUGGACCAGGUGAAGCUAUUGAAGACGCAAGAUAGCAACUAUGUGAGGACGAUGAGGCUAGUGGAGAAGCGGAAGGCGGAGAAGAAGCGGGAACAGGUUUUGUUUAACGGUACUGGUAAGCAUACUGUUUUUGUAGAGGAUGCUGAGUCGCUGGAGAGUUUCAGUCCUGAGGAGUACUUCAAGACGAGUAGCGAGAUGCUUGGGCGUCGAUCGAACCGUUUACGGGAGGAGCAGCUUGUUGGGGACUUAAAUCUAGACAAGGCCGAAUAUUCGGAGUCGCUUCGGAAAAAGAAGGUGAAGAAGUUGCGGGCUAUAACGAAGCACAUGGAGAGAGAGUCGCAACUUGCAGGCGUGGAGCAACGGAUGAACAUGCAGCGCGAGGUGAUGAAGUCUGGGAGCAAGAAGAAGAUCGAGGUGGGCGAGGGUGCGUCGAAGCGGGUGGUGUACAAGUGGAAGAAGCAGAGAAAGAGGUAG